CCGCCAUCACCUCGCCCUGCAUACCAAAGAGCCAUACUGGAGAGCACGACGAAAUGAGGUGACCUUGAUUCGGAAGACUAGCUCCCUCGAUGGACUCUCCUGCACCUUUGUACAUCCCCAAGCUCCCAUCAUGAUGUCUCCACGCGCUCAGAUCCCCACUCUCUCUCCCAGCAAUAGCCAGUCUUCCUCGUCCUGCCGAAGUGUCGAGGUCGUCUUUUCUCAGCUGUCACAGAGACAGACUGGCAAGCAGGCCCAGCAGCACUCACAAAGUGCUAGAGCCAUCAGUAUCUCCUCCGACGAGGAAAAUUCUCCCGUCUUCAUCGCCAUCGAUGAUCCCACGAGCAGCUCUCGUGGCAAAGGCACUGGGACGGCCCGCGGAGGUCGUGCUCGCCCCGUACGCAAGAGGGUGCACGACGCUGAGCCAGCGGACGGUGUCCCCAACCCUCAAGCACUCAAGGCAGAAGAAGAAGAUGAGGAAGAGCUACAUGUCAUUCGCUUCAAGCAUCAUCUCGACUCAUUCAAGGCCCCUGCCACCAGUCCAAAGUCCAUUCGACCGCAACAACGGCGUACAGAAGUGGCUGCAGCAGCUCCCUUCGCCUCAUCCUCAGAAACCAGCUUUGGUCCGCCAUCUCAGCAAGAUGCGAGGCAGGCGGCUCCUCUCGACUUGCAGCGCAUAAAGGGAGAGCCCUCUUCGCAGGCCUUUGCAAGGAGCAGGCUGGUCAAAGUCGAAUCUGAAGCGGCAGGCGUCCAGUCUCGCAGCCUUUUGACAAUGUCCAGCUCGCAGAAUAGCACAAGAGUAGCCCACCAGCUCCCGAAGAUAGAAAUCGAGGACAAUGACUCCUUCGAGAGCGAAGAUAGCCGGCCUCGCAGGCCUCACGACGAAAGCACGGCGAUGAGACCCGCCGGUAUGGUCAGUGCGGGACCAAUCGCCACAUACGACGAUUCCAUCACCUUUUCCGACACGGAUGCUGACAGUUCCGUCGACGGUCAGAGCGAAGCAGUACGAGAACGCAAAAAGCCGAGCAGCAACCAAACACCGAGCAAAGCAAAGGGAAAAGCAAAAGCGAAGACGCCGAAGGCUGCGAAAAUUACAAAACCAUCUCAAAAUCCCAGGACGCCAGGAGCCGUCAAGUCACCGAAGCCUGCCGCCGAGGAGUUGCCGAAGCCGAAGGUAGUCAAGGGGCCGAAGCCGCUCCCUGUCGACGUGUCCAGCACAUCUCCUAUUGCGCAUUGGCAAGAUCGCUCACCCCUGGCAAUGUCGAAGACAUACUUCAGCAGGAGAUGGUGCGACUGGAGCAGCUGGAGAGGCUCGAAUUCGAGCAGGCAGAGGCGGCCAAGACUACAUUCCUGAGGACAAUCGAGGAAAGCGGCUUGAAGCUCUGCAACACAAAGGAUGACGAUGUGUGGAGAAUGCUUUGC